CGAUCAUGGGCUCUUCUUCUAGAAAUCUCUAUGUAGGAAUUGGAGAAGGUCAAUCAACUUUUAGGCCACCACUCUUUGAUGGCACCAACUACUCUUAUUGGAAGGAACGGAUGAGAAUCUACAUUCGUUCCACCAACUUCCAAUUGUGGUUGGUGAUCAAAAAUGGCGAAGAAAUCCCUAUGAAGAAAGUGGGAGAAACCACGGUCCCAAAGACCGAAAACGAAUUUGAUGCCGAGGACAUCAAAAAGGUCGAGAAUUAUGAAAAGGCAAUAAACAUGCUUUAUUGUGCCGUAAAUCCUGAUGACUACCGCAAAAUCUCUUGCUGCUCAACCGCCAAGGAGAUGUGGGAUAAACUUGAGGUGACGUACGAAGGAACGGACCAAGUACGUGAAGCCAAGAUCGACUUCCUCACCCAAGAGUAUGAGAUGUUUAGAAUGAAGGAGCACGAAAACAUCGACGACAUGUUCGAUCGAUUCUCCAAGAUAGUCAACGAUCUUCAUACUUUGAAGAAGACCUACACCGAUAGGGAUCUUGUGCGAAAGAUCCUACGGAGCUUGACAUCCGAAUGGCGAUCUAAGGCCGAUGCCAUCUAUGAGUCAAUCGGCACAUCAAAUGUCACCAUCGACGGUUUAAGAGGUAACUUAAAAAUGUAUGAAUCUACUAUACUUAACCCGUCUUUGAAUGACCAGAGAAAAGGCAUAGCAUUAAAAGCCUCCAAAGAAUCGACAAUGAAUGACUCAAGCGAUGAUGAUGAAGUCAAGCUUGUCAUGAAGAAGUUUUGCAAACUUCUAAGAAAUAAAGAAAAGACGAAGCCGGUCGACGCUUCCACUUGUGCCCCUUCUUCAUCCGCGGCACAAGUGGUCACAGUUGCCCGGUCUAUGAACAAGGGCUUUAUCCCGCUGGAUGACCGGUUGCUCUUGGAGGAGCUGUCGUACAUGCAAAAAGCUCAAAUCCAUGAGCUACGCAACCUUAUGCCCUAUGGUUACCAAUUGUCCUUCCGGGCAACGUGGAAGAAUAUUAUUUCCCUCCACACCGGUACAACGAUUGCUAUCCCCUACCAUUCCAUUAAGGAGUUGGGUGAAUUCUCCAUUCAUCCCUUCAAAAUCCUCUUCCUCGAGACAUAUGGGGUCAUGCCCGGGCAGUUAGCCCCCAAUGGUCAACGUAUGCUGAGCAGUUUCAUCAACGUCUGUCGUUUUCUUCGUAUCCCUCUUUCUCUUCGCCUUUUUAAUCAUAUGGAGACUGAUGACCUGGCCUCCUGGGAAGCCACCCUCCGGACCGGGGACACCUCCACCCGUGGUCCCUACAACGUUGGGAAGUGGGGGGUCUACCCGGGUCCGGAGACUGAUCGUGAACUCGAGAUUGUUCUGGGAGAGGUGAUCCCAGACGCAAUCCCCCUCCGCCGCGUCCAAGGGUCCAAAGCCCCGGUGUCUGCUACCACCGGUUCCUCGCGCCGGGGGAAGAAGAAGAAGAAAGGGCGGCCAACAAGUGGAGGGAGGAAACGAAAGAGGUGGAGGACCCAGGCUGUAGACCAGUGUGCCGAGUCCUUUGAUGCCGGCAAAGGGCAAGGCGGGCCCCGUUCUUUGGCCUUGAUGGCCCGGUCAGACGAGGAGCUUUUCCAAGCUUUUUGCGCCGACCUGAACGAGGUCGGUCGAAUCGACCAGGAAUGGUUUACCCAGCUCGUCAAAUCCAAAGACGAGGAGAAGGCCUGGCUGGAGGGCAUGAUGGUGGCCUGCCAAAAGGAGGCCAAAGGCGCCCAUCAGAAAGUAGAGAAGACUGAAGAAAAGUUGCUGGAGCACAGCGCAGCUUUUCGCAAGCUCUACGCUAAGCACGAAGGGCUGCUGAAUGUCUCCAAAGAUACCGAUGCUCAAGCUCAAGAGAAGAUCCAAGAACUUGAGGGGGAGAAGGCCCAGCUGAAGGAGGAGGCCGCCCAGCUGACGGAAGAAGCUGCACGGUCAGCUCAAGAAAUCACCCAUCUGAAGGCGGAACUUGAAAGGGAGGGAAGUGAACGGGCUACCUAUGCUGCAGCCUUGGCAGCCCAAGAGCCCGACCAGUUUGCUGCCUGGGUAAUCCCCAACAGGGAGGUCAGCAUACGAUUCUUCCAAGGCCUCUACAAGCAUGAAAAAUCGGCCAAGGUCAUCGAUGAGAUCGGGACCUUUGGUUACGAAAGCGGCCAAUAUCAAGAGCGUCGGGCGCUUUAUGGCAUCCUUCAGCGACGCAUCCAAGGUUUUGAGCCUAAGGCCUUCUCCCUCCCCGAGCUUCACAAUGAAGAGCUGGUUGCCACCUUCGAAGGGAUUUAAACAGAUGUGCUUCCCUCUCCCUUUUCUUUUUUUUGUUUCUGGAUGUAAUAAUUUGGCUCCGGGAACUUUGUAAAAACCUUUCAAUAUUAAUGAAGUUAUAUUUUCCAU